AAACAUCCAUACGCGUUUUUCUUUUCAAGUUGGCCGGUUUGUUGUUUUCCUUUCUUCUUUUCUUCGAAAGUUUUAUUUUUUGGAAAUCGAUUAUUAUCGAGGAAAAUUAGAUUAGUUGUUUUUAGUUUUCAGAUACUCUCGGAUUCCAUUCAACUACUCGAUAUAAUAUCCUAAUAGAAAAUUCCUCGCAAGUCGACUUCGUAUCAAUUCCACCAACAAUGUUCACAUUCGAAUAAUGGAAACUGGCAAAGUGACGAGUAAAACGAGCAGCUUAAAAGCUCUUCUACUUAAAGCUUGGUCCGAACGUUGGAGUGAUUUACAGUGGGGAAUUCACAUAAAAAAUAUUUUACCAAGAGGAGUUAGCGGAGAUGUAUACAAUCUGGCAGAUAUUAUUUUUCAACAAGCUCUUGUCGGACCUGGACCCAACGAGCUUAUAUUGUCCUACCUAAAGCAUUCCUUAAGCUCGCAGCUCGUUUCGUAUUCAGCUGUCGUACUUCGUAUUUCAAAAUUCAAUGGAUUCCAUAAACCGUAUUGCGUGAUUUCAUUAUUGAAAUUUUUAGAAAACAUACAGGAUGGAAUCACAUGUAGGACUAAGCAGGAAGAAGGAUCAUUAGCUGGAUCGAUUAUAUCAUUGGUGAACUGGUUAUUAUUCUGUUACCAUUAUUAUUUAACUCAUCCUUGCCAGUUUCCGGAUCUAAUGAAAAAACCAGUCGUUAUUUUGGAUAAAAUCAUUAAAAAUCCGUUCACUUUAGCAUUGUUGUAUUUAGCCAAACAUGAGAAUAAAAAUAUGUACGAUAUCACAGUGAAAAAAUGUCGAGAAAUAGAAGCAGUUAUUGGCAAAAAACCAGCUCAAAAUGAUUUCGGCGUCGAUGUAGCGUUGUUAAUAAAAAAUAUCAUGAAACUGGACCUGAGUGUUUUUAAAACGCCAACGAAAAAGCAAGACUUCAUAGAUUACUCGGUUCAAGCUCUAAUGAAAGUGAUAGCUUUACUUAAUCCGACCAUAGAUUCGCAAUCCAUCGUAGAUAAUUUAUUAAUCAUACAGCAGCUAAAAGGCUAUAAGAACUGCAGAUUGUACAUGGAACUUGUCAGAGCUUCGUUUAUAAACGUAUACGACGCUUUGGAAAAUAACGCUCUGUAUUGGGGUGCUUUUACGUUCAUCAAGUUACCACAGAUUAUACAAUUAUUAACCUGUCAUUAUAAAAAUGUUAAUGAUUUAUCGUCAGAACAAGUUAGCAAAGAAGUAGUAGAUGGAUUUAUAUUAUUGAUGGAAUUUUGCCCACUUCUCAACAACAUCGAUACUCAUACGCAGAAUAAUAACGUAGAAACUUUACUAAAGGAGAUGGUGCUUUUGCAAAUCAUCUCAGAAAACGAUAAAAAUAAAAUUUUAGAAAUUAGAAAAGAAAAUAGUAUCGAUACAACGAAGAUCGCAAUGUUCGUGAGUGAAGAAGUAUCUUCGAUGUUCUCAUCUAUUAUUUCGGAUAUAGCGCCUACUUGGGAUAAAUUGAAGAAAUCUUUGCAUUCCGAUAAGCUUCAGGAACAUCUGAUUAGUGUAUUGAGUUCGUUCCUUUGUGGUAAAACAUACGAAUUGAUCCUAACAUGUGCUUCGGUAAAAGGCGAUUUGCGAGCUUUCGUUCAUAAACUCAUCAAAUACAACGAAUUGAGCAGACAAGUUAAUCAAGACGAUAGCAUUACUCCUUACGUUAAAGUACUUUUCGAUUUAACGUUCGUGAUUUUAUGCUCGAUUAUCCAAAGAUACGGUUCUGAUAAGGUACUUCCGAACAACGAUGGAAACACGUUUUUCGAAACAUGGGUUCGGGAUUGUAUGGAAGAACAGGACUGCAAUAAAGCUAUCACAGCGUUGAAAAAAGCAGAAGAAACUGGUAGAAUCGAUACACUGAUCGGGUACUUCGAAUCGGGAGAGUUCGAUAUCAGGAAAACCAAUAUACCUUUGAACGAAAUCUGUUUCGCAAUGCCUGGAGUCAUGAAGAAGAUUCAAGAUGAAUGGCGAGCGAAUGGAAAAUACGACGAUAACGACGUUCAACGAAUGUUGAAUACGAUAGCUUCGCAAAUGUGCUGUUUAUCUAUUUGCUCGGUUUCAUGGAUGUGCUCUUAUAUGCAGAUACUUCCAACCACCGAAUCAUCAAAACCGACCAAGAUGGUUAAACAUUUUAUUAAUUUAAUGGUCAAGGAAGAUGGCCAGUAUGAAUUUAGAACCGUACCGAUUGCCAUACAGCAACAGCCGGAUUAUUAUUACGAUAAGUGCAGAAUAUCAGCUUGUAUUAUGCGGCUCAUGUUGAACGAAGUGAUCGGUCCGUCUUCAGCGUAUACUGAAGUUUUUCCUCCUUACCGAAGUAUUAUUUCCAAAGAUGCAGCUUAUAAACAAUUAUUACCUACUUGGGAAAUCGUUUUGAAAAAAGGAUGUCUCACUACGAAGGCUUUUUACGUUUUUAAACGAGUUUUGUGUGUCAGUGAACCUCGCCAGUUUAUGAAAUUCAUGUUACAUGAAAUAAUCAAGCUGAGAUUUGAAGACGAGUUGAAUAAAGCGACCGAUUUAUUAUUCGCGUUGUUUCAUUUCAACUUGCACGAUUCGACGGUAGCGUUGUUGAAUUAUUUGCCUCAUUUGCUAUUCAAAACUGAUAAGGUUGAGUUAGUAGAACCUCAAUCUACAGCCAUCGCUAGACUGACAGCUUUCUCAGUCUGUGCUGCUGUUCAAAUGAAAUGCCCUCAAAAGAAAGGAGAAUCCGCUAAAACCAUGGAUGUUGAACAAGAACUAGAAGGCAGCAAAAUAAUGCGCAUGAGUGAUCUACAAUCGGGUAAUACUCGACUGGUAUACGAAAGCAUAGGCUGCGGAUCAUCAUCUCAACAGCCAACCAUCGCCGAUGGACCUUUACUAAAAGCUUUAACCAUCUUGUUCCGUGCUUUUGAUAAUAUUGCCGAUCGAACCGGAGUCGUUACUUCGGAUACUUAUUUCGUUUUCAACGUUAUCAGAGAAAUAGUCAACUGCGGAAAAGAUACAGCUAAACCUAUAUUAGCUAAUUUGUCGAAUUCACUGAUACCAAAUUUAAUGCGUUCGGUACCGGAUCUGUUUACGAUGGAGUUAAUUCUGCAGCUUUACUACUUAGAUACAGCUGCCGGACGGAGAACAGCGAUCAGAGAUUUAUGUUUAUUACGUAAUCUAACUAUGAGAUAGGUUUAGGGAGAUGGUAAUUUUUGAAAUUUACCAAUCGAUGAUUUAUAUGUACAUAAUUUGUUUGCUCAUCGUGUAAAAUAUUUUUCUUCGUACUCUGGAAGUACUCAAUUAUCAAUUAAAUCAUGUUUUGUUAUGAAUAUCGCUAAAGUAGCUUUCAUCGUGUGUUUUUGUAUUUUUGGUGGUGUUGAAUAUGUUUAGUCAGGUUAUUUGUAUUUUUUACGUUGCAGAAUUUAUACGAUUCUCUGCAAUGGAUCACCGCUGUAAGUCGAGUUAGUUGGUAUUUAUAUUUAUUGUUCAUUUCAUAUUUUGGUGAUCUAAAUCUUAUGAUCGGUUUAUAUGCGAAUAUUUGAUCGAAUAAAACCAUAUUAUUUUUGGUUAUUUUGAAACGGCACCUCCUCCGCCAUAAUUACGCCAAUAUAGCUAGAAGUAAAAGUUCAAAGUUAGAUUGUGAUGUACUUGUUAUAACUGGCAACGUUGCUUUAUGUAUGUAUCUUUUCAAAGUAACGGUUUCGUAUUGAAUAUAUGUAUUAUUACCUUUCUGUCAUGUCAACGAAUAUGUUAUUAUACGCCCUGAGAAAAGA